AUUAAAUGUAAGGAAAAGCAAAAAAAGGAUAACGGAAAGCAAAGGCAGGUCAUUCAUUCCGUUAAGAGCUCAGUGAAAAGUAAAAGAAGGAUAUUAAGGAAGCUUUUGACUUAUUUGAUGUCGAUGGAUCAGGUUGUUAUAAUUAUUUAUAUCCCUCAUAGGCACUAUUGAUGAGAAAGAAUUAAAAGUAGCCUUGCGUGCCUUAGGCUUCGAACCAGGCAAAGAAGAAAUCUAAAACCUCAAAUAAAACCUCAAUAAUAACAAUGAUUCAAAGGAAAAUAAAAACACCAUUGAUUUCAAUGAGUUUCUUCAGAUAAUGACAGAGAAGAUGGUAUACAUUAGUGUUUACUUCUAAACUUUUAGAAUGCAAAGGAGUCUCAAGAAGAAAUAGAAAGGGCGUUUCAUUUGUUUUCACAGGGGAAUGACAAUUUCAUUACUUUUGAAAACUUAAAGAAAGUAGCUCUUGAAUUAGGAGAAACCAUGUCAGAUGAUGAAUUAAAGUUAAUGAUUCAAGAAGCAAAUAGCAAAAACCCUAGGUAGAUAGCUUUGAAAUAUUUUUGUUAGUUAAGGGUACGUGACAAAGGAUUAAUUUUACGAUGUAUUAUCUAGAGCAACUAAUUAAUGA